AUGUUUCUGACAGACUACAUCAGAAAUGGUGAUCCAAGGCAGUGGGGGGCACUCUCACUCACAACUGCAGCCCAAUGGGAGAAGGGGCCACACACCGCUCGAUCCCUACGUGCCUGGACACGCGCAUUCUUGAAGGAUCGACACGAGCUCCCGCUGACUCCCGGAAACACAUGGACAAAAUCGCUUCUUGACAAAUGUCUAGAUCUGAAAGAGGCGAUCAGCGAACACCUACAAAGCAUCAGCAAAUACGUACGAGCACUCGACAUUGUCGACUUCAUGGCGCUUCCUACCAAUCAAGAAAAGUACGGACUUACGAAGCCGAUCUCGCUCUCGCAGGCUCAAGUCUGGAUGCAACGCUUGGACUACCGAUGGACCAAGACUCCGAGCGGACAGUUUGUCGAUGGCCACGAACGCGCAGAUGUUGUCAAGUACCGGCAGUCCAAGUUCCUACCU